AUGGUGAGCCGCUGCAAGCAUGAUGCUGACGUUGCUAGAAAAUCGGUCUGGUGUUGUUAUGGUGCCGCGAAUGAUGCGGCUACAGUUUUACCUAGUAUAUCUGAUAUUCGUUGUGAGGUUCCCGAACUUAGGGGAGAUAACUUUAAGAUAUGGAAGGAGAGAGUUCUUCUUCAAUUAGGGUGCAUGGACAUAGAUUAUGCUAUAAGGAAAGAUGAACCGCAUAAGAUCACUGAUACCAUCACACCUGAACAAAUUUUAUUGUACGAACGCUGGGAGAAAUCUAAUCGCCUUAGCGUGAUGUACAUUAAGACAAAAAUCAGUGCUGGUAUACGUGGUUCAAUCGAGCAACAUGAAAAUGUUCGUGAAUUGCUAAAGGCUAUGGACGAGCAAUUCGUCACUUCAGAUAAAGCCUUGGCAAGCACCCUAAUUAUGAAGUUCACAUCCUUGAAGCUCACCGCUAUAAGAGGUGUGCGUGAACAUAUCAUGGAGAUGAGGGACAUUGUGGCUCAAUUGAAGAAACUCGAGGUAGAAAUGUUUGAAUCCUUCUUGGUGCACUUUAUCCUUAACACUCUUCCACCUUAG